GCGAACGUACACGGCGCGGAUUGCCCGUCGAGAAACCCCAAACACACUCGGCUCGAGAUCCCCAGUUGGAGUUUCCCAAGCGCGGUUCUAUUCAAACCCAAAAACGGAAGAGGGCCAGCCGUCGUCGCAUUUGAUUUGAAUUUUAAUUCAAUAAAAAAGUGCACAAAAAAAUAGAAAUCAUAAUCAUAAUAAAAGGAUUUCGCAGCAGGCAGCAACAAAUGUAAAUGCCUGUCAUUUCGAAUCCUCCACCGUGUCUGUGCUAUAGUUGUUGUUGUUGUUGUUGCUAUUGUUGUUCUUGUGUGUUGUUUGUGAAGUCGCGAGGCGUAAAAAAUAUUCAAAUUUCAUGUUGAAAUUACUGCACGCAUUUCUAAAUAAUCCAAUGCCAGCACAAGUGUGCAGAAAGUAAGGACCAGGAGACGCCAAAAGGCGACGCCAAGCGUUUGCUAAUAGGAUUACGCAUCACCUCCGCUGCUGACAGAGUCCAGGAUUAGCAGGAUCCACUGGAGGACAUAGCCCAAACAGAACGAGAACAGACUCCUUGCCCUGGCCCGCUGUUCAUCAUGGUGAUGGGUUCGUGCCUUGCGUAGCUGCAUAUUCCAUCCGCCGUCCAGCCAUCUCAGCCCAUCUCAGCUAUGUGGACCUACAUGAUGGCUGCCGCCCGUGGAGACCGGGUCAACACGAUGAUGUCCACCCGGCGCCGCCCCGAAACCGAGUCCCCGAAGUACGGCUACAACCUCUCCACCCGUCCGAUGUACCGCACCACCCGAUUCGUGGGCCCCGCCUCCUCGGCGCCCGCCCAACUGCAGCUGCCCUGCGGAUCCCAUCAGACGACGGGGGGCGUGGCAGCUCCGCCGCUGGAGGAGAUUAGCGGCGGUCUGUUCGCACCCUUCGCGCCCACGGCGACGAUAACGGUGGAGCAGGCGGCCACCUCGAUUCCGAUGGCAGUGGAUGGCGAGGUGCACCACCUUCACUAUCCUCGUCGCAGUUGGCAACGCAAAUACCGCCAGGGGAAUCACCGACAGGCCGGAGGAGGAGGAGUGGAGGACGAUGAUGAGGACGACGACGAGGAUGAUGAGGAUGACGAGGACGAGGAUGAGUUCGGUGCGGCCGUGGGCGAGGACAACCCGGAGGAGGCAAUCGCACGGGCUGACCAGCAGCAGAGGCAGCACCACCAACCGCAUCCCAGUGAUUCGUGCUACGUGGAAAAUGGCAGGAAGCUGAUACAGGAACCGAGUAAACGGAGUAAACCAUCGGCUUUAAGACGCACUUUGCAAGCACUGCGUCAGCGUCUCACUAAAAGGAAUCGCCCCAAACCGCCGGACUGGUUCCUCGAGAAGUUCUCCAAUACAACGAACACGGACAAAAUCGGCAAGGGUUGUCCCACGAUGGAGGAUGCGGCCCUCUCCAGCGAAAUCCGCGGCUCCAGUGUCCUGUGCAACCGACUUUCGGUGGAUCCCACUCUGCAGUCGCAUUACAGGUGGCUGGCGAUUGUUUCGCUGGCGGUGCUGUACAACAUCAUCUUCGUUGUGGGAAGAGCUGUCUUCUGGGAGAUCAACAAGAGUGCUCCGGCCGUUUGGUACACCCUGGACUACCUGUGCGACUUCAUCUAUCUGAUGGACACGCUCGUCCACAUGCACGAGGGAUUCCUGGACCAGGGGCUCCUCGUGCGGGAUGCCUUCCGGCUGAGGCGGCACUACUUCCACACGAAGGGCUGGUAUCUGGACGUGCUCUCGAUGCUGCCCACCGAUCUGGCCUACAUCUGGUGGCCACCGGAGACGUGCUCCAGCCUGUACCUUCCCUGCCCGGUGAUAGUGCGUCUGAACCGGCUGCUCCGGAUCAACCGGCUGUGGGAGUGGUUCGACCGAACGGAAACGGCCACCGGGUAUCCGAACGCCUUCCGCAUCUGCAAGGUGGUGCUGGCCAUCCUGGUGCUGAUCCACUGGAACGCCUGCAUGUACUUUGCCAUCAGCUACGAGAUCGGCUUCAGCUCGGACUCGUGGGUCUACAAUCUCAAUGGGACGAGGAACAACACGCUGCAGAGGCAGUACAUCUAUAGCUUUUACUGGUCCACGCUGACACUGACCACCAUUGGCGAGACUCCGACGCCGGAGAACGAUGUGGAGUAUCUGUUCGUGGUGGCCGACUUCCUGGCCGGCGUCCUCAUCUUCGCCACCAUUGUGGGUAACAUUGGCUCCAUGAUCUCCAACAUGAAUGUGGCGCGCGUGGAGUUCCAGAAUCGCAUGGACGGGGUCAAGCAGUACAUGGCCUUCCGGCGAGUGGGUCACGAGCUGGAGGCCCGGGUGAUCCGGUGGUUCGCCUACACCUGGUCGCAAAGUGGCGCUCUGGACGAGGAGCGGGUGCUGGCUGCUCUGCCGGACAAGCUGAAGGCGGAGAUCGCCAUCCAGGUGCACAUGGACACCCUGAAGCAGGUGCGCAUCUUCCACGACACGGAACCGGGACUCCUGGAGGCACUCGUCCUCAAACUCAAGCUGCAGGUCUUCAGUCCGGGAGAUUACAUUUGCCGGAAGGGCGACGUCGGCAAGGAGAUGUACAUCGUGAAGCGGGGCAAGCUCUCCGUCGUCGGAGACGAUGGCAUCACCGUGCUGGCCACUUUGGGAGCCGGUUCCGUUUUCGGAGAGGUCUCCGUCCUGGAGAUUGCGGGAAAUCGAACUGGGAACAGGCGCACGGCCAACGUGAGGUCCUUGGGCUACUCGGACCUCUUCUGCCUGGCGAAAAGGGAUCUCUGGGAGACACUGUCGGACUAUCCGGAGGCCAGGUCCACGCUCACCCAGCGAGGAUGCCAGCUGCUGCGGAAAGAUGGAUUGCUGGACGAGCAGAUAUUCGCCGAUUCCCAGCGGGUGCACGACAGCAUUGAGGGCGGCAUCGAGAAGCUGGAGCUGUCGGUGGAGAACCUGAACAUGCGACUGGCCCGCCUUUUGGCGGAGUACACGGCCAGCCAGGCCAAGAUCAAGCAGCGCCUGGCCAAGCUGGAGAUGAACGGCGGCCAUGGCACGUGGCGUGUGGAGUGCGAGCCACAAACGCGGGCUCGCAGCGGACGUCUCUAUUCGCUGCAGCCAAAGAGGCGCCCACGUUCGCGACCCGACGCGACUGCCAAAAGCGGCGAUGCUGCCAAGCAGAACACGCUCUAAGUCCCCGGAAAACCCGCUGGAAAAGCCUCUGGCACACCCAUCCACCCAUCCACCCCCUACCCCCGUGACCCCCCUCCCCAAUAUUUCCACUCGAGGCCGGAAAAUAGUGAUAAAUGCAUUAAACUUGCAGGAGUUGUCUUGGCGGGAAGAUAACCCUUUUUGGCCCCGAGCCAACUGUUAUUUUGGGUAAAUCAAUUUUUAAUUUUUACAAUUAGUUUGUAGCGAAGGCAGUUGAAGCGGAGGGCGAGGGGCGAGGGGCGUGGCGCCGGAGUUGUUUGUUGCAAACUUUAUAAAUUUGUAAGAUGAUUCAAAACUGAAUGUGCCUCAAAAAGUGUGCGUGUGUAAAGCUAAGUUAAGAAGGGGGCAAAUCGGAGAGGAAAGGAUUCAACAACUAGUUAACCCACAACGAUCCAGUGUACAUAUUUUAAGCAUAGUCCAAUUUUACACGUGAACAGCGAGUGUUCGCCUAGGCUAGAAUGAUUUUACACACACUUAAACCGUGGAUUAAUCCAAUUAAGCACCAACAUCAAGCCGACAGAUCAAACAGAUCGGAUGGGAAACCAAAAACACCAUACACACAUCAACUGACCAAAAAACCGAGGACAUUGCUGAAGUCCUUAAGAGGACGCAGGGGGUGGUGCACACAAAUCGAAUUCAAUGAAAGAAAAUGUUAACAACCAAGCUUCCAAAGCUUCCAAACCAACGCAAAAAACAAACAAAGUCAAGAAACCAAAAAAAAAAGGGGGGAAAACAAAAGAAAUAAGAAAUGUAUUUUUAUAUUAGUCCUAGACAUUGAGUGUACAAUGUAUUGUCUAUGUGUAAGUACGGCUAAAGCUACAGAAUAAACGAGAAUCGAGUAAAA